AGAAAACUUCUCUCAACUAUCAAAAUACUUUAUAUAACAACGAUAUGAUUUGUCUAAAGAUUACAUCAGCUCUCGCUGUCUUGACAGUGGCGUCAGUGUCGGCCAGUGGUGGUUACAACUACAAUAACUUCGGUGGUGCAGGAUCCAAUGCAUUCAAUGGCGGGUUAGGAGGAGGCUUCGGGGGCGGCUUUGGAAGCGGCUACAGUGGUGGAGCCCGCAUUCCUAUCCUCAGUUACCAAAACAUCAACGAUGGCAAUGGAAACUACAGAUACAGCUACGAGACGGGCAACGGUAUAAGUGCGCACGAGAGCGGGUCGCCGCGCGCGCCGGGCCCCGAGGGUCCAGCGGUGACGGCUGACGGCGGGUUCUCGUACCGCGCGCCCGACGGCCAGCAGAUCUCGCUCUCCUACACCGCCGAUGAGAACGGCUUCCACCCCACCGGCAGCCACCUGCCCACCCCGCCGCCCAUCCCCGACGCUAUCUUGAAAUCUCUGCAGUUCAACAGGCAGAACCCUUCUGACGACGGCUCUUACAACAGUGGACGCUACAAUAACAAUGGCGGCUACAGAUACUAG